CGUCGAUCGCUACCCUUACCAAAAAUGGCGGCGAUUCUGGAUUCGCUUUGUCCUCCGGCGACUUCGACGGCGACGUAUCAUCGCGCCGUCGCCGGGGCUACGCAUCGCUGUGGGUUGAGUAGGAACUGCUCGAUUCCCAACUCGUCGUGUCCCUUUCCUUCGUCCUCUGUUUCUGAGACUCGCCAAGAGACUAAGGCUUUUGCAGUUCCAAGGAGGAGAAUGAUGGGCUUGCUUCUCUCGGGUUUUAUCUUCACAGAAUUCAAUCUUCCUAAUGCAUUUGCUCAAACAAGUUCUGUGUUCCGGGAAUACAUAGACACUUUUGAUGGAUACUCGUUCAAGUACCCGCAGAACUGGAUUCAAGUACGUGGAGCAGGAGCUGAUAUAUUCUUCAGAGAUCCAUUUGUUCUCGAUGAGAAUCUCUCGGUUGAGUUUUCUUCACCUUCUUCAUCAAGGUACAAGACCGUGGAGGAUUUGGGUCCACCAGAAGAAGCUGGAAAGAAAGUGCUUAAGCAGUACUUGACUGAAUUCAUGUCAACCAGACUCGGGGUUAGACGUGAAUCCAACAUUCUUUCCACGUCUUCAAGAGUUGCGGAUGAUGGGAAACUCUAUUACCAAGUUGAGGUGAACAUAAAGUCAUACGCUAACAACAACGAGCUGGCUGUGAUGCCACAAGAUAGAGUGGUUCGAUUGGAAUGGGACAGACGUUACCUCUCAGUUCUCGGAGUUGAGAAUAACAGACUCUAUGAACUGAGACUCCAAACACCGGAGAAAGUUUUCCAGGAAGAGGAAAAAGAUCUCAGAGAAGUCAUGGAUUCCUUUCGGGUUAAUAAGGUUUAGGGUUGAUCUUGUUGCAAGAGUUUGUAUUCCCCCACAUUGCUCUUUCUUCUCUAUGAACCCAAAUUCAAUUCCUUUUUUUUGCCCCCUCUUUCUCUGUAUGCUCAUCUCAAUUUACUAUUUUGAUGUCUAAAUCAUUUUAUGAUUUUUUUUUAAAUUUGUUUCGGCAUCUUUUCUUCACAAGCAAUGAACUAGAUGCAUAUAUUUCAGUUA